AGCAGCAGAAGAAGAAGAAGAAUCAUUCUCGGGUUUGUUUUUGGUUUAUGAGCGCCAGUGUGAGGAUGAACAUGCGGGUUACCUUAAAAGCUUACUGUUGCUGCCUGUAAUUCAGACCUAUUUGACUCAAUGUUUUCUCUCGGUGUUGCUACAUUGCUGUGGAAAAACCACAGUAUCACGAAAUGAAGCUGAAGGAGUUGGAAAGCUGCCUGCAGCAGGUAGACACAUUUGAGGAGCCAAAAAUCCUCUUGGAGCAGUAUCCAACCAGCCCUCACAUUGCAGCAUGCAUGCUUUACACGAUUCACAACACGUUUGAUGACAUUGAGGGUAAACUGGUGGCAGAUUUCGGCUGUGGUUGCGGAGUCCUCAGCAUCGGGGCUGCCAUGCUGGACGCAGGGUUGUGCGUCGGUUUUGAAAUCGACGAGGACGCACUAGAGAUAUUCAGAAGGAAUGCAGAAGAAUUUGAACUCUCUAACGUGGAUCUGCUCCAGUGUGAUUUAUGCCACCUGGAAGCAGAGGCUUAUGGCCAAAAGUUUGACACUGUUAUAAUGAAUCCACCGUUUGGUACAAAACACAACCAAGGGAUGGACAUGAAGUUCCUCCGCGCUGCUUUAACCAUGUCAAAGAAGGCGGUUUACUCGCUUCAUAAAACAUCAACACGAGAGCACAUACAAAAGAAGGCUAAUGACUGGGGAGUGAAGAUGGAAGUCAUUGCAGAACUGAGGUAUGAUUUGCCGGCUUCCUACCGCUUCCACAAGAAGAAGUCGGUUGACAUCCAGGUGGACUUUCUACGAUUCUCCAAAACCUGAAUAUAUUUACUGGAAUGGGUUCUAAGUUGCCUCUGCAUUUUUCACCGUUUG